CUUCCCUUCCGAAUCGCAGUCACCACUCCCGGCUACGGAACCUUCACACCCCAUCGCCCCCGUCUCCGGAUUCCCCAAAUCCACAGCCCCCGCAGGCGCUGCAGGACCCAACUCCCAAGGCUCCUCUCGGUCGGCGGCCGCCGCCGCGUCGUCCCGCCGCGCUCGAUUGGGUCGCGUGUGCGAUAGGAAGUUCGUCAUACGCUUCGCGGUUUUUCUAGUUUCUGUUCUGAUUUCUGUGUGCGCGCUUAAAUUUGCUGUUCCGAUUGAUCGAUCUGCUUAGGUACGUGAGAUUGUUUUGAUUGCUUGCCGGUGCGCGUAGAUGAUGAUGAGCUGUUAAUGUCUAAUUGUUCUGAUUUGGUUUGCGGUAACUAGUUGCUCGAAUUGAUUGCGGAUUGUGACGACUGAUUGUUUGAUUUACUUUGGUGUGUAUACGGUGGAACAUCAGUACAUUUGGCGCUUGAUUGAUCGUGCGAUCUGUAUAAAAUGUCCAUCCCCGCAAUUGCUUUGCUGCAUGUGCCUGAUCUGUUUGGUUUUACCGACAGCUUUGGGUGCCUACUUGAGGAGGGUGGAGUUCGCUCUUCUAGGUUCGUGGUAAUGUUGUGUGCAUGGUUGAUGGUUGGCCAGUAGAUCUCCGUUACCUGGUGAUAAUGGUUCCACGAUGCCUAUCAGCGAUUGAUUACGUACCUAAGAUAACAUUGCCAAGGACUCUGUGCCUUUAGAAGUUCAGAAGUUAUAUACUGUCCUAAGCAACGCAUUCCGUGACUUCCAUAACCGAUAACUACUGCAUAUGCUUUUCAUUAAAAAUGUUCUCUGCAUAUGCAUACCACACUUUUGUUGCUCUAUCAUCUCUUGUGGCACAACACUAUGCCAUUUUACCUCCUCCUUUUGGCUGUCCUUUGCAAAUACCGGUGAGCAGAAGUCGAAAAUUCAGUUCUAAGAGAGGUAUAAGUUUUGGCAACGUAAUGAAGGAACCUAUCAUCGAUAUUCUGGGUGAAUUCCUUUAUGUGCUCCAGUUGUACACAGACGAGAAUUUGAUGGAGCAGUUUGUGGACUACUCACAGGCUAUUCAUUUCUGCAUUCCUUGUGAGAGAAUUAGGAAGGGCAUUUCUCUUAUGCCGGUCAUGUAAAACUGGGUCGCUGGUGAUCUGAGAUGACCUCUGUUCAGUUGGAAGUAGAGAUAGGUUAAAUUUCAGGUCUGAAUUGGUGAAAUCUCAAGUAGAACCUUAGGAUGAUGCACGAAAGAGCAUGCUGGUUUUCUCCAAGGUACUUCUGAUCGAAGAAUCAAUGGAUUGAAAAUCUCUUAUGUCUAGCAGUGCUUGUUUAAGUAAAGAUUUCGAAGAUGAAGCUGAUUUCUGCUGGAGAGAAUGGGGGUGGACAACGUGGUAAAUUUCAUGCAGAUGGAUGUUCGAUUGCUUGGGAGUUCUCUGGAGUCUGGAUGGAUACCUAUUGAGUAGUAUUAUUCCUCUCAGCUCACUGUCCAGAUAGAUAGUGCUAUCUGUGACUGUUGGGUGAUCAGUUUAACGAGAUUUUGCUGGUUGGAGAUGUUCGGCAUUGCUUUCAUCUAUUGUGAUGCCUGGUCUUCGGCAGUAUAUGGCAUUCCAGAACUGUAUUUGUGUUGUGUUUGCAACGUGAUAGCUUUCAGCGGUAAAAAAAAAACAGUCAAGAUGGGCGCAUUGGACCUACACCUUGAGUCUGCUUCUGCUCAACAUGGACAAGCCAAGCUAAAUGUGGAGGAAUACACCAAGGGCUCUUUGGAGUCUGGUGGAAAUUACAAAAAAAAGAAGAUCAACGGUUCAGAUCCUGAUGAUUUUGAGAAAACUGAAAAAGGAAUAAUGCAGUAUGGGUGUCCACAUUACAGAAGGAGAUGCCGCAUACGAGCUCCUUGCUGCAAUGAGAUUUUUGAUUGCCGGCACUGCCACAAUGAAGUUAAGAAUUCCAUUAAAGUCGAUACAAUGAGGAGGCAUGAACUUCCACGCCAGGAAGUACAGCAGGUUAUAUGCUCAUUAUGUGGCACUGAACAAGAGGUACGACAAGUAUGCAUCAAUUGUGGAGUAUGCAUGGGAAAGUACUUCUGUGGAUUGUGCAAGCUCUUUGACGAUGAUGUUUCUAAACAACAGUAUCACUGCAAUGGAUGUGGAAUAUGUAGAAUUGGAGGGAGGGAAAAUUUCUUCCACUGCUCAAAAUGUGGAUGUUGUUAUUCAAUUGUGCUGAAGAACAGUCAUGCAUGUGUUGAAGGAGCAAUGCAUCAUGACUGUCCAAUCUGCUUUGAGUACUUGUUUGAGUCGACAAAUGAUGUUUCUGUCCUGCCUUGUGGUCAUACCAUUCAUGUCAAGUGCUUGAAAGAAAUGGAGGAACACUGCCAGUUUGCAUGCCCACUUUGCUCCAAGUCAGUUUGUGACAUGUCCAAGGCGUGGGAGAGACUCGACAUGGAGCUGGCGACUCUGUCCGAUUCUUGUGAUGACAAGAUGGUCCGCAUAUUAUGCAACGACUGCGGGGCGAUAUCAGAGGUGCAGUUCCAUUUGAUCGCGCACAAGUGCCAGAAUUGCAAGUCAUACAACACCCGCCAGAUCUGAAGAAAGGGAUUCUUAUGCGGUUUCUGCAUUCUUCAAGAAGCGUGACGGCGCCUCUUGCGUGAGCUGCUUGAGCUCUCGGGUCGGUGGCCGGCGGGGUCCCAUCAUUGGGUGCAGCUUCAGCGAAGGCGAAUCACUUGAGAUUUAUCUAUCUGUGCUGUUAGCUGCUGUCCUUGAUUACGCCUCUUUAGCCUGUCAGCUGUUAGGUGCUUCCGCCUCUUUACUCCUGUCGUCUGUGGUUCCGGUGUGUUGUGUUGGUUAUGUUUCCUUGGUUCAAUAUUGUGUCCUCGGUGGUCCUAGCUGAGAUAAUUGCCCAUGCUUGUAGCUGAAAGUCGAUUCAUGUAGGGGUCUGUUGGCAAGGAUGAGAGAGGUUUGUGGUUGCACGGCAAAUCUACGGCUCUCCUAGAUUUUCCGUAUAUUUAAAACGGUGUUCGAAUCUACCUAAUUUUUAGUUUGGGUUA